UAUCCUAACCUGCAAUCUGACACCGACACCGCCUAUAUUUAACGGAACGCAACAGCCGAGUUGGGACUUUUAUUUAUUUAUUCCUGACGAAGACAACACCAUGAACACGAAAGCAAUUCUCUUUUUGUUUGGCCUCAUCGCAACAGAGGUGUGUAUAACAAGCGGGCGAGAGAGUCUGCUACAGGCCAUAGAGAAGGCGAGAACGGCUGAGGAAUUUCUUCAAUACGUUAUGAUCAACGGGCAUCCAGCACGACUCAGUGACGUUUACAUGCAAACUGAUGAAAACGGGGAACAGGUUUACGCUAGUGACGCUUAUAGACGGCCUAUAUCUGACGAGUGUGGUCCGCGGUUGACGACCGUCAAAAUUCCAAGAGAACUCGGAGACCACAAUAUUAUAUACUUUCCUAAGUGCACCCCGAUUGAACGAUGUGGUGGGUGCUGCGCAGAAGACAAGCACAAGUGUCACCCAACCAGAACCGAAACAGUUGAGAUUCACGUGUUGACAGCAAGGAUUCCCCAUCCUGGGGCAGGACAUUUCGCUUGGGCAGGAAUAAGGACGGUGCACUUCGAACGUCACUUGGCUUGCGGCCCCGCCUGUAAGAUAACCCGAGAAGAUUGCAACGUUACGCAGACGUACAACAAGAUGGAUUGCUCGUGUCGGUGUUACUACCAGCGCCCCUGCUUUCCUCUUCAAACGUGGGACGAGGCCACCUGUUCCUGUAAAUGUCGAACAGUUCUCAACUGUUCGCCAUCCACGUUCAAUCCCGAGACUUGCCAGUGUGAAAUAAACGGAGGCAAGACCGACCCAAACACCACACAGUCCUACAACCCAUGCCUCACGCAGUUCUGUCCGCCAAGGUUUCACAAAACGGUUUAUCCCAACAAACCGAAUAGGUGCGUGUGUACGCCGCCAUUCUUCGGUCCGGGAAGAAAGUAACGCAUCGGUUGAACGCAACAAUUUGAAGAAGAAAAAAAAAGUGUAACUUUUUAUUUUGGUGAAGAAAAUUAUUGUUAUUGAUACGUGACUAUAAAAAAUAAAAAAAAAGUAAAAAAACAAA